CUUUCUUAAUAGGCUACUACUCCCGUAUCUGGUCUCAGGGGGUGAAAAUGCGCAUGCGUAUUGAGCAGAUGAAUUCCCGCCUUAAUAGAGAGGUGAGGCAAAAUUCCUGUCGGAGAAACAAUGCAGCUAGUUGUAGACAGCGAUAUAAGUGAUGAACAUGUGAUGGAAGAUAUAAACAAAGAGAAGGGAGAAGCUACAGCACAAGAGCACCUUGAAACCAAGAAAGAAGAGACUGAGAUUAUCCAGUGCAAAGAAGAUGAACCAGCUGAAUCUUUAUCAGCUCAUCUGUACCAUAAAGGUGUUCCAGAAGGAUGGGAAAGGAUAAUCAAGCAAAGACAGACUGGAAAAACGGCAGGAAAAUAUGACAUAUAUUUUGUCAGUCCACAGGGAAAGAAGCUAAGAUCCAAACAUGCUCUACUAGAUUACUUUAAAAAGAAUGGUGAAACUGGUCUUAAAUUAGAGGAUUUUGAUUUUACUGCCUCUGUUCAGAAGAAUAAACAAAGAUACAAAGAAUCCAGCAUCAACCCAGGGAGAUUAAAAGCAGAGAGGUGUGUCACUCGGAGCCAGAUUCUGGAUAUUGGACUACAAAGCAGUGAAGGAGAGGAAGAACUGCAAAAUGAAAUAGUGGCAUUUCAAACCAAUGCUGAAGAUUUAGGAAAUAUUUCCAUCUCUUUACAGACUGAGUCUACUGCAGAUGACAUCUCAAAGGACCAUUGUUUCAAAUCCAAAGAAAAGGUUCAAAUAAAGAAAGCUAGAAACAGUUCGGAAAAUAGGAAUUUGGAAGACAGCCCAAACAAAAGACAGAGAGCACCAUCACAUAAAAAACAUGGGGUUGGAAACAUUACAAAAACAAGACGAAAGAAGGAAGCAUAUGUCCUGUGCAUGAAGGAUGAAAUGCCUCUUUCCCAACCAGAACUGGAGCCACAUGUUCAUUCGGUUGCAAGUCUCUUGGAACACAAGUCAAGCACAGACUGUUUCAACUGCGAUAUGGGUCCCAGUGGGACAGUCACUGUAGCCCCUAAUGAAAACCUUUCAGGGCUGGAAAUGCACAGAAACCUGAUGCUGCCAGGAAACCAAGAUGUAAAGAUUGCUCUCAGCAUGGAAGUUUCACAGACUUGUGAUGAGAGGUGUUUUACUUCAAUAAAAGAGAACCAUAUUCGAAGAAGGAAAACCAGUCCAUAUUUUUCCAGUAAACUCAUCAAAGAAGCUCCAAGCCCACCUAGAAGGAAGGCCUUUAGGAAAUGGACUCCCCCUCGAUCACCUUUUAAUUUGGUCCAAGAAACACUCUUUCACGAUCCAUGGAAGCUUCUAAUUGCAACUAUAUUUCUGAACAAGACUUCAGGAAAGAUGGCUAUCCCUGUGCUAUGGGAAUUUUUCAAAAAAUACCCUUCACCCUCAGUAGCAAGAACUGCAGACUGGAAGGAAAUGUCAGAGCUCCUUAAACCACUUGGCCUGUAUGAACUCAGAGCAAAGACCAUCAUCCGGUUUUCAGAUGAAUUUUUAGUGAAGCGAUGGAAGUAUCCCAUUGAGUUGCAUGGGAUUGGAAAAUACGGAAAUGACUCUUACAGGAUCUUCUGUGUCAACGAGUGGAAGGAGGUACAGCCACAGGACCAUAAACUGAAUAUAUACCAUGCCUGGCUUCAGGAAAACUAUGAGAAACUGAAUCUUCAUAACUCUACAUAGACACAUGUUUUACCCUUUUAAAAUACAUCUUGCUAUUUAUACCACUCAUCUCAGUUAAGAUAAAUAUAACUGUUAUUUUAUAAUUAUCUGGGUACUAUAUUAAAUUCUAGAGUUGGUCUGCAUAGAUAAUAUCAUUCAGAUAUUGUAAUUAAUGUAGACUAACAUAAUAGAAAUGACAGCCUGUUCAAAUCAUUCAGUCAUUUUAACAGUGUAAAUUGUGGAACAUGUUCAAAUGCAACAUAGCUGCAGAAUAUUCUUUCAAAAGCCACUGCAGUGGAUGGAGUUUAAUAAUGCAUUCACUUUGAGUUAUGAUGUUAGAAAUACAGUUCCAAGAGAUACUAGGCUCAUGCACUCACUGGCCUCUUCCUUUUGCCAAUUUGUGGGUCACUGCUGCAGUCGCUCAGCCAAAAUUUGAAGGAAAUACAUAUAAACUACUAGAAAAAAGGCUGAAUGUAGAACUUAGAAAGUUUUCUUUCAGGAGCUGCUAUUCUUAAAAUCCCUCAAUCAUGAAAGCCAGUGGCUAUGCUGGACGGCUUCUAUGAGUUGUCGUUCAACAUUAGCUUUUCCAAGUUCUAUAAAGAUCAAUUGUAUUAGUAUAAUAAAUAGCAUUUAAGGUUACAGUGAAUGCGAGAUGUAUAAGACACCAUUACUUUAAAAAAAUCAGUUGUUUACUCAGUCCUUGCUUCUUUCUGUUAUUUCAAAAUGAGAGUAUUAGAAAAGUAAGAGUGUGAGUGCACGAAAUUUCAAUAGUGACUUCCAUAUCACCUGGAAAAUUUCCUCUGUAUCAUGUUAACUUGUCUUUCACAGAUGCAAAUUAUUUGCUCAAUUUUGUAAAUAAAUGUUUAUUACAUUUAUAUCUUACUUCCUCCCCCCCCCCUUUGAAACCUUUUUAGUAAAUGGGAAUGAUUCUCAAAGGUUUGUAAACAUAAUGACAAAAAGCAAGAUUUUUUUUAAAACCACUAUUAUUAUAUUUGAUGUUUUAUCAGAAAUGUUGGAUUUGCACUUGAUUAUAUAUAUAUAUAGUUAUAUUUAAGCUAGUCCAAUUGGUUCCAGUACAAAUUCUCUCUGUAGUGUUCCUGUUAAAAAUAGAUUCCUGUCUAGAGUUGUAUAUAUUAUUUUUUAAAUAAAAAUAAAAAAUACAGUAUCUU